AUGCCCGUGGUUAAGAAUGACUGGGAUAUUUACAAAUCCAAUCGGUCGAGGAGAAGCUCGGAAUGUUCAAAUGGACAGUCAUGUCGAAGCAGAAAAGUAUCGGAAUGUAAAUCGGAGUGUCCCAGUUUAUCCACUUCUCCUGGAAGUGACUUUUUGGUCGGGUCUCCGGCUCAUCGCUCGGUGCCAAUGAACAUGACACACGCUGGUCGUGGCUUUUCAAGAACGUCAUCAAGGACAAGCCAAAGCAGUUUGCAGUCUCCAAACAAAUCAAUCGGUUCUAGCCCACCGAAGAGUAGCUCGUCGAGUUCUUUGAACAAAUUUCACACGAGAUUAGUUGAUAAGUUAAAAAAAUCACUAACCAAAUCAGAUUCAUCUGGAAAUGUAAGAUAUAAAAGUGAUAUAAUAAUUACACAUGAUUUACCAGGUUUACCAGGCAUUCUCGAAAGUGUAUGA